AUGUUCAACGACGCUUUUUCUGCCGAUAUGAUUCCUAAGGAGAGGAGGAAUCCAAGAGGAUUUCAAGGGGACCAGAGAGGGCAUAAUGUUCGACAAACGUUUGACAGUCCUUUUGGAAGUCCCUACGUCCCUCAGUCUUCAGAGUACAAAUUUUCAUCAGAAGGUUCUUCGCCAAAUUCUAACCGUGAAAGGUACAUGUAUCCUAAUAACCGACAACAUCGUGGUUCCGCAACAUCAUUUUCUCCACCAAACAGUAAUUCCCGCUUUUCCGCACCUUACUACAACAAGAAUCCGAGGCAGGGAUACUUUAAUGGAAGCAAUUCUAGUCAAAGAUCUGGAAAUCAGCAGUGGAAUUCUGGCUCAAGGAAUUAUGGGAGAGACCAUUUUCCCAACUCCGCAAGAGGUGGUAGUUUCAAAAGAAGGCCAGGUGGAUACAGUGCAGGACCAGUAAAUGAUGUUGCUUUUAACGUGCAUGACUACGUUAUACCCGCAAUGACAACAGAUCCUUGGGCUGAACUAAAAAAAAAGUAUUUUGAGGAGCGGGAACAACAGAACUUUGAGCAGAAGGCAGGACUUGAGUAA